AUGGCGCACGAUUCAACAUCUUCGAUCAAUUACGACGACAUCAAUCACGCCAAACAUCAUCAACAACACAUUGAGAACUUGGAAAACCUGAAGCCUACGCCUUCGCAAUUCGAGAAGGUGAGCAACAGCGCGAGUGGACACUUUUCAUCAAUCGAAACGCUGACCAAAAGACGUAGCUCUACCUGUCCCCGGAAACUCCUGUUGCUGGCAACCUGCGCUGGACAUUCGGAAAUCCCACUCCCGUCGCCCUUGGUGGUUUCCCUCGCCAACACGCCAGCAGCGAUCGAUCUCAUCGGAUGGGGAGGAGCAGGAGGUGGCACGGGUAACGCUUCGGCAGGCACUGGUGCCUACUUCUUUCUGGGAGCUGUGCUACUUUAUGCUGGUGGCAUCGGUGAAUGGAUUUUGGGCAACACAUUCCCGGCAGUCGUGUUCUUCACUUUCGGCGGCUUCUGGGGAGCGUUCGGCGCGACACUUACUCCUUUCUUCAAUGUCAUCAACGGAUAUAAUGACGACUCGCCUGCGUUCUACCGCAGCUUCGCCAUGUUUUUGAUGUGGAUGGCAGUCCUCUGUCUUCUUUACGCCAUUGCCGCCAUCCGAACAAACAUCUGCCUCGUCGCAAUUCUCCUCUGCUUCGUGGUCACUUUCCCGUGCCUGACAGCAUCGUACUUCUACGCUGCCGACGGUCUCGUGGCUCUCAGCAACACCACCCGAAUCGCCGGCGGAUACUUCUCGUUUAUCGCAAGCAUCAUCGCUUGGUACCUCUGGUUCUCCAUGGUCCUGGAGUCUGUCGAUUUCCCGAUCGCUCUUCCCGUCGGAGACUUGACCAAGUACGUGAAAGGCAGGAGCGAGAAACUCAAGAGCGCAGCAGAGAUGGCGUGAGGGGAAGGUAUGUACAAGUAUACAUGUAAAUUAUGAUUGACGAGAAUACGAGCACAUCUACAGUGGCACCG